CCGCACAACUCCAUAUAUUGCUAGCGUCUCAUUCGUUGAGCCGGCUAUACCCGUAUACUUACUACGUAUCUCUCUUAAGCCUAGCAGCCAAGGCUAGGGCUCACCUUACUAUCACAUCUUGACGAUAUGACUGUUUCUUACAACCUAAUGAACUAAAGACAGCGUCUAGAUUUUCUCAUGGUCUUUUCUGCUAGAAAUGAGUUUAAGGUCGAUCUUAGGAGGCUCCAGCCGGGUUAAGAAGUCCUCCAAGAAGUCCGGCGCAAAACCGUCUUCGUCUUCGCUAUCCUCAUGGGCUUCUUCUCUGCCUCGUCGCAAACCUGGACCCAAGCGUGGGAAAUCGUUAGCAGGGGAUGAAGAUGAUGGGGAUGAUUUCUUUAACGAUAAGCUCGAUGACUAUGGGCUUGUUAAGGCCCUGGUGACCGAUCUGAACUUGCGCGACGUUCCCCAAGCUAUCUUGUACAUCCGUAGUCAUAUGUUCUCCCCUAUGCCCGAGCAAGCAGCCGGAAUGAACUCUACUAGAAUCGCAGAAGUGCUCAACUAUCGGAAGUGUCUUCCCCCAAUCGUAACCGUAUCACAUAUACAGGCUCUACUCUCGUCGCCGAGUGCGGUAGAGCGGGAAAUUGCCGAACUCGCGCGGGCUGGAUUUCUGCGCAAGGUAGUUGUUCCUGGGAGGGGGGAUAUAGGUGAGACUAUAGUACUCGCCGCAGACUUUGAGCAGCUGGUGAAAGAUUCUACGAUACUAGAUAAGAAUACGAAGGAUAGCCUGGCCAGGCUGUUAAAAGAGAACCCAGGAGUCCAGGCGCUUGGGCCGAAUGCUCUUCGUGCGUCCGAGAUAGAUCAGCUUAUUAAGGCUGGAUUUUUGAUAGCUAAUCAUACCGGCGCAACUCGCUAUGGCUCCACGUCCCAUAAUACAAACUUAUAUUCGCGACCGGAGGAUAAAAUCACACUCACAUCACUCGAUAUUAUUUCGAAACAACCAACCGGCUCCCUUGGUGCCGUAGGAGGUGAAGGUGUAGUCCACAAGACCGGCGGCACCGGAGGUGGCUCACUCGGCGCAUCCCGGUUCGACGCCACCGGCACGGAGCUCAGACUCGCUGUGCCUGGGAACGGCACAUUCCUAAAGCUCAUUUCCUCCGCGCUCGAGCACCUUGUCUCGUUGUUAGGCAAGUCGCGGUUCCGCGAGGCGCCGGAGACGGUGCUUAGGGAUCGGUGGGACGGAGGUAUCGCCAAAGAAGAAGCACGCUAUGCAGCUAAGCGCUCGCGAGGAGAGUUUGCGAGUAUCUUACCUGGACAGACCAGAAAGUGGAGGCAGUUCUACGGGCUUUCUUUCGACUGGGUCUUGCAGGAGGCGGUUGGAUCCGGUUUAGUUGAAGUUUUCGACACCCGAAGCGUCGGUCGCGGGAUACGUGCGCUAUGAGUUUUUGAGCAUUUGGUAGAUGUGCAAGAACAUCUUAGAAUCACCCUUCACCGCCCGGAUGUAUUAGACACAUCCCCGUUUGUGCAACACAGUCCAGAGUACAAAUUCCACUG